CCUGGGAUGCGAUCAGAUGUAAGCUCCUCUCCAUCCACAACCUCAGCAACCACGGGACCACCUCCCAAGCUCUGCCUGGUGUGCUCCGACGAGGCCUCUGGGUGCCACUAUGGUGUCCUGACGUGUGGCAGCUGCAAGGUGUUCUUCAAAAGGGCAGUGGAAGGGCAGCACAACUACCUGUGUGCAGGGAGGAACGACUGCAUCAUCGACAAGAUCCGGAGGAAGAACUGCCCAGCGUGUCGCUACCGCAAGUGUCUGCAGGCUGGCAUGAACCUCGAAGCUCGGAAAACAAAGAAGAAGAUCAAAGGGCUGCAGCAGGCGAGUGCCACGGGCAGCCGGGACGGGGCCGAGGCCGCCGGGAACAAGAGCAUCGUCCCCGCGUCGCUGCCGCAGCUGACGCCGACGCUGGUGUCGCUGCUGGAGGUGAUCGAGCCCGAGGUGCUGUACUCAGGCUAUGACAGCACACUGCCCGACUCCAGCUGGAGGAUCCUCUCCACCCUCAACAUGCUGGGAGGAAGGCAGGUGGUGGCUGCAGUCAAGUGGGCAAAGGCAAUCCCAGGUUUCCGCAAUCUGCACCUGGAUGACCAAAUGACCCUCCUGCAGUACUCCUGGAUGUUCCUGAUGGCCUUUGCUCUAGGCUGGAGGUCAUACAAGCAAUCCAAUGGCAACCUGCUGUGCUUCGCCCCAGACCUGAUCAUUAACGAGCAGAGGAUGAACCUCCCGUGUAUGUAUGAACAAUGCAAACACAUGCUCAUGGUCGCCCGAGAGCUCUCACGGCUUCAAGUCUCCUACGAGGAGUAUCUCUGCAUGAAGACAUUGCUCCUCCUCUCUACAAUUCCCAAGGAAGGCCUGAAGAGCCAAUCCCUGUUUGAAGAAAUCCGGAUGACGUACAUCAAGGAGCUGGGCAAGGCCAUAGUGAAGAGAGAAGGGAACUCCAGCCAGAACUGGCAGCGAUUUUAUCAACUGACUAAGCUGCUGGACUCUAUGCAUGAUGUGGUUGAAAAUCUUCUGAGCUUUUGCUUCCAUACAUUUUUGGAUAAAUCCAUGAGCAUCGAGUUCCCAGAGAUGUUGGCAGAAAUCAUCAGCAAUCAGAUACCAAAAUACUCGAAUGGAAAUAUCAAGAAGCUCUUGUUCCAUCAGAAGUGACUGCCUUAACACAAAGGGUUGCCUUAAGACGCCGUCACGCGAUAGCUUUGUUUUGUAAAGAGAAAACCUACAGAACUUGUUCCUUUUGUCCUCGCAGCGAUGUUUCUUUUGUAAUUAUGCACUACAUGUGGUUUACAGAGGGCCAAGAGUCGGGCGGGAGGAGCAGAUUCCUCACCUUGGGGACGGAGCUGGGGAGCAGGGAAGGGAGAAUUCCUCUCCCCUUUGCACCAUCCCCGGAUGCAUCAACCACCGGUGACAAGCUCUGAGGCUGUUACGGACGUUCUGCUAAGUAAUGAAUUGCUGCAGUUGGCUGGAGACAAUUUUUUAGGCUCUUUUUUUUUUUUUUUUUUUUAUUUUUAUUUUAGCGAAGUGUUUUGGAUUUUUAUUUUUAAAGUUAAGGUAGCAUUUUUGGUUUAUGCAUGUAACCUGAAGAAAGUUUACAAGUGUAUAUCAGAAAAGGGAAG